GGGCAGCAGAAGGAGCCAACUCCAACGUGUUCUCCAUGUUUGAGCAGGCCCAGAUCCAGGAAUUCAAAGAGGCCUUCACUAUCAUGGACCAGAACAGAGAUGGCUUCAUCGAUAAGAACGACCUUAGAGACACUUUUGCUGCUCUAGGACGCCUGAAUGUGAAACAGGAAGAGAUUGAUGAGAUGCUCAAAGAGGCUCCCGGUCCAAUCAACUUUACCGUCUUCCUCACCAUGUUUGGUGAGAAGCUGAAAGGCGCUGAUCCAGAAGAGACCAUCCUCAAUGCAUUUAAAGUCUUUGACCCUGAGGGGAAAGGUUCGCUGAGGAAGGACUAUGUGACACAGAUGCUGACAACACAAGCAGACCGAUUCUCCCCAGAAGAGAUGGAGCAGAUGUUCACCGCUUUCCCCCCAGAUGUGGCAGGAAACCUGGACUACAAGAACCUGGUUCACGUCAUUACCCAUGGAGAGGAAAAGGACCAGGAGUGA